UGUGGUCGAUUUUGAGAUGAGGAAGAAAGUGACGAGGAAGGAGUGCACUGAACUCUGACAGUCUCCCUGCAAACAACUCGCUGUGUGUGACUUGAAACGGAAAAAACACUGGUUUACGUUUGGAUUAUUUCAGCCUUUCUCAUUUUGAGGAUGUGUUCUGUGUGAGGAUGCAUUGAAGAGAAGAUGGAAGCGGAGGACACUGGUGAAACAAGGACUUCCUGGCCUGUGGCGCCAGGAGAGACGCACUCGAUCCUCUGUGACCAUGCUGGGAAGAAGAGAAAACAAGACCCGGCCCCUGAACCUGUGAUGAAAAUCAUGGAGGAUGAAGAGGACGACGAGCAGGGUGAAAUGACGUCCGACCACUUGAAGGAUUCAGAGGAGCCCAGCAAUAAAAGGGUCAAACCUGUGGCAAAGUCCAAUAGUCUAACAGGUGUCAUAACCCCAGUGAAGACCCCCGCUCUGAAACGCAUUGGACAGUCCAUUUCGCGGUCUAUCAGUUUUCGCACAGAGGCUCGACCUUUGCCCCCAGCACCCCUGCGCCGAGGGGGCACAAAGGCCUCGUCAUUUCCACGCCGGCGCAACAGCCAGUGCUGGAGCGACACCGUGGAGAGUCACGACCUCACGGCAAAGGAGAUUAAACGUCAAGAGGUGAUCUAUGAGCUGACUCAGGGAGAGAGACAACUCAUUGCUGACCUGAGCCUGGUCAAGAAGGUGUACUAUGAGCCCAUGCUGAAGUUGGACAUCCUGACUGAGAGUGAGCUUGGACAGAUCUUUGGUACACUGGACUCUCUCAUUCCUCUCCAUCAAGAUCUUCUGGGUCGCCUUGAGCGGCUGAGAGGAUCGGAGAACACAGUCGGAGAGGUGGGGCCUACUCUCAUGAACUGGUUCCCUUGCCUGGAGGCCUAUGUUACAUACUGCUGUAACCAGGUGGGGGCCAAAGCCCUGCUGGACCAGAAGAAGCAUGAGAAAAGAGUGGAGCACUUCCUGCGCCUGUGUCAGGAGUCUUCGUUCAGCAGGAAACUGGACCUGUGGAACUUCCUGGAUCUCCCUCGGAGCCGUUUGGUCAAAUACCCCCUGUUGUUGAAAGAGAUACAGAAGUGCACACCUCCAGACCACCCGGAUGAGGACACACUGCCUGACGCUUUGGAGCUUAUCCAGAGCAUCGUGGCAGAGGUGAACAAGAAGACAGGAGAGGCGGAGUGCCAGUUCUACAGGCGGGGUCUCAGCUACCUCGAGGAGAGUCAGAGGCUACCAGAGAUCCAGCAGUCCCGCUUCCUCUACUGCCACGGAGAGCUCAAGAACAACAAGGGCCAGCGGCUGCACGUCUUCCUGUUUGAGCUGGCGUUGGUGCUGAGCAGGCCGAGCGAGGACAGAGAUGGAGGUCAGGUGUUCCAUGUGUACAGGCAGCCUCUGCCCAACGCCCUGAUAAAUCUGGAGGAGAUCCCAGAUGGGGAGGCAGGUGGAGGGGGCACCUUCCGAGGAGCCUUCACUGGAGGAAAUGAUAAAGUGAGGAACUGUUUCCGUGUGAGCAGUAGAGGGCGCUCCAAAGCUCACCCUUACAGCCUGCAGGCCAACGACUCCUUCAGCAAGCAGCAGUGGAUCACCUGUCUGCGCCAAGCCAUCGUCCAGUCGCGAGACAGGACGGCUCAGACCAGCCAGUCGCAGCUCUCCCACCACCCCGAUCCCGCCCUUUAUCACAUAGCCGAGCUCAGCCUCAGCUCGGACACAGAAAUGGCAGAUCACACCAGUCGCUGACUGGUCGCCAGGAGGCCUGGGGAGUGACUAUAGAUCUGUACAUUGAUGCCGGAGGAGAUGAAAGAUGAACUGUCUGCGAGAGAUGAUUGUGCUUAUCCACACUCGUGUACAUCCUUACAUGGAGAAUAUUAUUUUCAUGCAUUUCCUGAUUGUGUGAUAGUGGUGAUUGUGUAUCUUGGGAGCAGUAUUACUGAAUGUG